CCCGAAACUUUUCGCAGUUCCAGCCUUGAUUUUACUCAACCCGACAUCUUCAGGAUUGCUUAGGAGGACAAUAGCGAUAUUGUCUAGGCAACCAUGCAGAUCUUCGUGAAGACCCUCACGGGCAAGACUAUCACCCUUGAGGUGGAGUCGAGCGACACCAUUGACAAUGUCAAGUCCAAGAUCCAGGACAAGGAAGGCAUCCCCCCGGACCAGCAGCGAUUGAUUUUCGCCGGCAAGCAGCUCGAGGAUGGCCGCACUCUCUCCGACUACAACAUCCAGAAGGAGAGCACCCUCCAUCUCGUGCUGAGACUCCGUGGAGGUGCUAAGAAGCGCAAGAAGAAGGUGUACACCACCCCCAAGAAGAUCAAGCACAAGCGCAAGAAGACCAAGUUGGCUGUUCUCAAGUACUACAAGGUCGACGGUGACGGCAAGAUCGAGCGCCUUCGCCGCGAGUGCCCUGCCGACUCUUGCGGCGCUGGUGUCUUCAUGGCCGCCAUGCAAGACCGACAGUACUGUGGUCGCUGCCACUUGACCUACGUCUUUGACAAGCCAUGAAUGCUGUUCGAGAAGGGAAUGCGCAGGAUGGGAUGGACAUGCAAACGGACAUGAGGAACGGUUUGAGGAUUCAGUCAUGCAAAUAGCGUUGAAUUUGAUAGAACCAUACUUCGCUAGCCUUCACAAAGCAAUGAAACCCCAUACUUCAUCA